AUGGCUGGCAGCCUUGGGCAGAGGAUACCAGGGAUCCAAGAGGACCGACGCCCAAGGUCACGCCGCUGCGGGGGGCCCCACAGCCCGGCCGGCGGCCCCGGACGCCCGCGCACCGCUGCCAGGCAGCAUUUCUGCGCCGCCCCGACCCCGCCCGUCAUUACCGCCCUCCGGGCAGACGCUGCUGAGCUCCGCCGGCGUCCAGCUGGGCUGGAGGGUCGCCUGCGCCGCUGCCCCGGCCGCUGCCCUCGCUGCUGCCAGCGCACCUGGCUGCGCUGCGACCCUGCCCAGGCCCACUCUGUCUCCAGCGCCGCCUCCCCUCCGCCUGCCCGCGCCGCCGCCCCGGCGACUGCAGGGGCCGCUAACGGUCCCGCGCCCCCCGGCGUCCGCGCGCCCCCCGCCUGGCGACCAGGCCGCGCCGGCCGCGCUGGGGCGAUGGGGGCGGCGGAGCCGCUGCGCUCCGUGCUGUGGGUGAAGCGGCAGCGCUGCGCCGUGAGCCUGGAGCCCGCGCGGGCGCUGCUGCGCUGGUGGCCGAGCCCGGGGCCCGGGCCCGACGCGCCCGGCGCGGAUGCCUUCUCGGUGCCCGUGUCUGAGAUCAUCACCGUGGAGGAAGCAGACACUCACAAGAAGUGCCACGCCAGUGGCCAGUGGCAGAAGAUGGGACCGCCUUGCGCAUUCACAGUUCACUGUGUGAAGCGAGCUCGACGUCACCGCUGGAAGUGGGCACAGGUGACUUUCUGGAGCACGGACGAGCAGCUGUGUCACCUGUGGCUGCAGACCCUCCGGGAGCUGCUGGAGAGACUGUCAUCUAGACCCAAGCACCUGCUGGUGUUCAUCAACCCACUCGGAGGAAAGGGCCAAGGCAAGCAGAUAUACGAAAGGAAAGUGGCGCCGCUGUUCACGCUGGCCUCCAUCACCACCGAGGUCAUCGUGACCGAGCGUGCGAACCAGGCCAAGGAGACCCUGUGUGAGGUCAGCAUGGACAAGUAUGAUGGCAUCGUCUGUGUCGGUGGCGACGGCAUGUUCAGCGAGGUCCUGCACGGUCUGAUCGAGAGGACGCAGAGGAGCGCCGGUGUGGACCAGAACCAGUUCUGCGCCAAGCUGGUGCCCAGCCCCCUCAGGAUCGGCAUCAUCCCCGCAGGGUCGACCGACUGCGUGUGCUACUCCACCGUGGGCACCAACGACGCCGAGACGUCCGCCCUGCACAUCGUGGUUGGGGACUCGCUGUCCAUGGACGUGUCCUCGGUGCACCACAACAACAUGCUGCUGCGGUACUCAGUGUCCCUGCUGGGCUACGGCUUCUAUGGGGACUUGAUUGAGGACAGUGAGAAGAAGCGGUGGAUGGGGCCUGCCAGAUACGACUUUUCAGGUUUGAAGACCUUUCUCUCACAUCACUGCUACGAAGGGACAGUGUCUUUCCUCCCAGCCCAGCACACCACGGGAUCCCCACGGGAUCCGAAGCCCUGCCGGUCAGGAUGCCUGGUGUGCAGGCAGAGCAGGCAGCAGCUGGAGCAGGAGCAAACCCUGCGCGGCCCGCCGGACUCUGAGAAGGUGGAGGAGUGGCAUGUCAUCUGCGGGAAGUUUCUGGCCAUUAAUGCCACGAACAUGUCCUGUGCUUGUCCCCGGAGCCCUAGAGGCCUGUCCCCAGCCGCCCACCUGGGAGAUGGGACUUUCGACCUCAUCCUCAUCCGGAAGUGCUCCAGGUUCAACUUCCUGAGAUUCCUCCUCAGGCACACCAACCAGUACGACCAGUUUGACUUCAGUUUUGUUGAAGUCUAUCGCGUGAAGAAAUUCCAGUUCACCUCCAAGUCCCUGGAUGAAGAGGACCACACCCUCAAGGACGGGGGAAAGCAGGGGUUGGGGCAGAUCUGCUGUGACAACCCCGCCUCCUGCUGCUCGGCCCCCCGGAGCUCCUGGAACUGCGACGGGGAGAUUCUGCACAGCUCUGCCAUCGAGGUCAGGGUCCACUGCCAGCUCAUUCAGCUCUUUGCAAGAGGAAUUGAAGAGACGCCUCAGCAGGAGCCCUGCAGCUGAGGGCCCCACCCGCCCCAUGCGCGGAGGUGUGAAGACUAUUUGAUGACCACAGACCAAUUAUGUUGAUAUUUACAUUUACAUCUAGAAAUUUAUUUUUGAUAGUUGGAUCUUGAUUUUAGAACAAGAUUCGUUUUGUCAACAAUUCUGCAUACAUAUCUGGCAUUUGGGUUCCCUGGGAGCUGAGUGGCGCUGCACACAACUGGUUUCUCAGCAUCCAGUGCCGUGGGCGUGGGGCCUGGCCUCGGAGCUCAGCGACGCGGACAGCACAGAUCUAAGGUCGGCCCCUAGCGGUUCCAGGGCAAUGACUUUAGGGACACAGGAGUACUUUCCAGGAAUCAGGCCCACCUUCUGGAUGCAGGGGCCUGGGUCACCGAUCUGCUUUAUAAGAUUCUUCUGGAAUGGUCUGAGCAGGUUUUGGGAAACAGGUAUUUCUUCAUUUUACGUCCACCUUCCCUGUGGUCAGGGCGUUGCCAUCUGGUGAGGCCUGAGGAGCCCCUGAGGGCAACGUUUGACCUUGCAAACCUCCUUUCCUGCUGCCCUCCCAGCUGUGUUCGUGAGACCGUCCACGGGCAGCUCCGCGGUGGCUAUGCAGACGGCUGGAAACGCGCUGGUGAGGGCUCGUUCUCUUUAAAGGCAAAACAUGGACAUCGUAUAUGGACACAACGUGGGCUUUCUGGGGAGCAGAAAGCAGCGGGCAUUCCACGGGGACAUUCGCUUUGACAGGGUGGCCCUGACUCCAGCAGGCUGACCUGGCGCCGGCCUGCAGUCUCCUGUCGUCUCACGCUGACCUCUGUAUCGACAGCAUUGCCGUCCUCAGUGGGCCCAGCACAGUGGUGUCUCCGCCGUCUCCCCAGCCCUGAGCCAUGAUGGCAGCUUCCUGCUGAGGUCCUGGAGCCAGGGACCGGCCCCCUGCAGGCUUCCCGCCACUGGGCUCCUGACUGCGCCGGUCCUCCUUGUUUUCAGACUGACGUGUGAUGAGCCCUGUGGAGUGGCACGUGAGGCAGCCUGACCUCUGGCCUGGAAGAGAAGGCACCACCUGUUAGGAGACCGUGGUUCACUGCUGCCGCUGUGGGUGGCUCCUCCACAGACCCCCAGGUGGCUGCCGCAUCCGACAGAGAGCAUCUGUUUUGGGGAUUCUUUGCGUUGAUUUGUAUUUUGAGGCAGACACAAAGCCUCCUGUCUUGUCAUUCGGUCCCACCCCGGCUUUUCCCGUGGCUUCUGUAUUAGUGGACCGGGUUGGCAACGGCAGCCGUGUGGCUGGAUGGUUCAGUAAGCCCAGGCUGAGUCACCGGCUGGGUGACAGUGGGCAGACCGGGCCUCUGUAUUCAGGUUUGCUCCUGGUUGGGAAGAAACCAGAGAGCCAGAGUGGCAGCUUUUGAGGGGGCAAUGACCACUUGUGCUCAGCAGCCGACAGGGGGCAACUUCAGGCCAGGGUGCUCCUAGGAGGUCCCACCUGGGAUGACACCCUGACUCCUGCUUCCCUUGGGCCAUUCCAGAAGGGCUCAGGUGGAGGGUCCUGAGGAGGCUGUGGCUGCCCAUGAGAACUGGGCCAUCUUACAAGCUUCCCCAAAGAUUCGGAGUCCUGACCCUGUUAAAUGCUUCCCAGGGCCUGGUCUGCCCAGAACCCCUGCCAACCUCGGAGGAUGGCCCAGGCAGAAGACGCUGCGGUGAAACUUACUAGUGGCAGGCUUAUUCUACAACCUGGGACUGCACAGGGGGCUGUGGCAGAUGCCCCCAAAGCCCCCUGGGACUGCACGCAGGACGGAGGCAGCCUCUGCCAUUCCAACGAAUGGGCUCUGUCUGCCAGGAGGCCUCACAGCAACCCCAAGCCCUGGACUUGGGGACUUUAACAGAAGGACACCAGAAGUGAUGGUAGACAGUGACAACUUGGGACCCCUGAGAUGGGAUGGUCUCUAAACUUCCUCUGUGGCUUUUUGGUGUGAAACAAUCAGGCAGCAGUUCUGCCCUGUGACUGCGGUUCAAAUCGAGAAGUGGGGGCGGGCAGUGCGGCUGGGAACGCCGUGGAGAGGGCUUAAUUUUCUGCCUAAUCUUGCUGGUUUCAAGAUUAGUAAAUAGCGUAUUUGAUCUGAUAUGUUUGAGAAGACAAAAAUAAAGUUACUUUGGGCAGAA